UGGGUUGCUUUGCUUCACUAACUCUUUGACAUUCCUAACCUCGCUUCCUAUCCUUUUUCUUGCGUUGAUUAUAAAUAGUGGUGGGCAUUCAAAGUGCAUCAGCUACAUCCAAGGACCGAUCACGGUCAUAGGUAUCCUCCUUCUCGUUGUGUCGCUCAUGGGGAUGAUUGGUUCAUGCUGUCGCGUCACAUUUAUGCUCUGGUUAUAUGAAUGGGUGCUGUUCUUAUGCAUAAUUUUCCUCUUGUGCUUCACCAUGUUGGCGUCCAUGGGAGUACAUAAAAGCAGCUAUAAAGGUGAACCAGCCGAAACUAUUCAUCUCCGUCAGUUCUCGGAUUGGUUGCAGCUUAACGUUGUUGAUAAAGAGGACUGGAAUGCCAUUAGAAGCUGUCUUUCUGAGACUUUAUUUUGUGAGGGCCAAAAACAGCCUGGGGCAGUGAAAGGUUGCUGCAAGCCACCUGCUUAUUGUGGUUAUGAGUUAAAGAAUGGUACCACUUGGACAGUCCCAAAAUCAGGCCUACGUUCUAAAGAUCACGAUUGUGUUACAUGGAGUAAUGAUCCGCGCAUAAUGUGCUACGAUUGUAAUUCAUGCAAGGCAGGGUUUCUCGCCAGGAUAAAGAAUAACUGGAGGAAGCUAAGCGCUUUCUUUAGCUGCCUCAUUGCCUUCCUAGUCAUCAACUUCGUGAUUGGUUGCUGUGCAUUCAGAGGCAGCCGAGGUGUUGAUCAGUACCAGAAACAUGGAAACUCCAAUUGAGAUACCUUACUAAUCCCUUUUUUUGAAUCUAGCUGAUUUGUAAUGGAUUCUUGCAUUUUGUCCACAGUUUUUAUCAGCUGGAUAAAUUUCUUGGUUGAGUUACAAACUUAAUUACUGUAUU